GUCAUGGUUUUGGCUCUCAUCAUCGCGAUUCCACUGCUGGUCCAGACUUCCAAGACCGAUGCGCACUAUGAAAUGAUGGGGACUUGUCGGAUGAUCUGUGACCCCUACAACCCCAAACCGAGUGCCACGGCUCUUGAGGUCAUGCAGGACCUGAGCGCCAUCCCUUCUCCAACCUUUGUUCAAGGGACUAAGGGCGAUCCGGGUCGGCCGGGGAAACCCGGGCCAAGGGGGCCGCCAGGCGAACCGGGCCCACCCGGUCCGAGAGGACCACCGGGGGAUAGAGGUGAUUCUGGAAAGAUGGGUUAUUCCGGCGUAGUGGGCACUGCGCGGACCGAGACCGGUGGAGAGCCGGGCUCCGCCAUCGGCGGGGCAAAGAUAGCGUUUUAUGUGGGUCUGAAAAACCCCCACGAGGGAUACGAAGUGUUGAGGUUCGACGACGUUGUAACGAACCUCGGGAACCACUACGACCCAACAACUGGCAAGUUCACGUGCCAAGUGUCCGGGAUUUACUACUUCACCUACCAUGUGCUGAUGCGCGGAGGAGACGGAACCAGCAUGUGGGCAGACUUAUGCAAAAACGGACAGGUACGCGCCAGCGCCAUAGCGCAGGACGCAGACCAGAACUACGACUACGCCAGCAACAGCGUUGUCCUGCAUCUGGACUCCGGGGACGAGAUUUAUGUGAAACUGGACGGCGGCAAGGCACACGGGGGGAACAACAACAAAUACAGCACGUUUUCCGGUUUCCUUUUGUAUCCGGACUAA